AGUGUAUUAGACGAAAACGCACUCGAGGUCGUGGUGAAACCUGUCAACGAAAUUGAUUUUCCCCAAACAUCUUAUUAAGUACAUUUCCAAUGGAUUUCGUGUCAAACAUCGUUAACCGAUCUUUUUCUAGCAACGCUUCCGGUCGUGAUUGGGCUUACGCGGCUUCCCUUGGUGUCGCCGCUCUUAGUAUAUCAUAUUUCAUUGUUACCAAAGCGUCAGAACUCGGAUUUUUUUGUGCAAAGAAAAAAUCAAAGGGAACUUGGGUAAACCCAGAUGUAAGGAAAGAAGAUUCAAAAGUAGUUGACUCUUGUGAUAUUGAAGAUAUUGGAGAAAAAAAAGUAUUCUGUCGGUGCUGGCGUAGUGCCUCGUUUCCAUACUGUGAUGGUGCACACAACAAACAUAACUUGGAAACUGGUGAUAAUGUUGGACCACUAAUAGUUGGAAAGAAGAAGAGCAACUAAAAUUCAGAUUUAUUAUGAAUUCUACAUAUGAUAAUUGUAGUAAAUUAGUACAGGAAUAUAACAACUCUUAUAUCUACCAAUGUAUACACUGAUUCAUAUAAAUGGGGAAAUAUGCAGAAAUUGUAUUCUGUAUUGAUGAGCAAGGCAUGGAUAAAUUAAACAGUAUCAUACUCAUUA